UGUUCUAAUAUUUUAUUACUAACACUACGACGUUUGACUUGCGAAGACUUGCAACAACAACAAAAAUCAAAGAGAAAGAAUUAGAGUUUCAUUUUGUUGUGAUUUCUUCUUGUUCUUCUUCUAAACUAAGAAACUAAUGGAGGCAAUUCAAAUUCAGCGAGAAAAACUCUUGUCACUCUCAACUUUUGUGAAGGUGUUGUUAGAAAACAAAGUUUUCACUUUGUUAGUCGAUAAGUUCAGGAAGCCGGAGCUUUUGAAUAAGAUGAAGAAAACACUGUCUGAUCUUCAAGAUGUACUGCUUUAUCAUGAUCUGGAAAAAGUAAUCCCUAAUCCAGAUGUCAACCAAUCACUGGAUUUGCUCAGACAUGCUGUCUUUCACGUUGCUUUUGCUUUUGAGGAAAUCAAUUUUUCAUGGUAUGAUAGUACCCCAACUAUUAUUACUAAGCAGCUGAAAAAUCUUGAAAGUUUAGAGUAUUGCAUUUAUGUGAUUGAUUCUAAUACAAUAAGUUUAUUUGAAAUAUUACAAGGCUUGAGUUCACAAGAACAACUAGCUAAAUUAACUAUUUUGGAUGCUGAAUCUUCUAUUUAUGGAAGAGAUGCUGAUAUUGAGAAACUUAUACAUCUUUUGUUGUCUAAUAGUAGUGAUGGUGAUAGUAAAAUUAGAGUGAUUUCUAUUGUUGGUAUGGGAGGGAUUGGUAAAACAGCCCUCGCCAGACACCUUUACAAUCAUCCUCAAGUUAACGAUAAAUUCGAGUUAAAACUAUGGGCAGAGUUCUCAACUGAUGUGGAUGAUUUCAGUGUUUUUCAAAACAUUCUUGAAUCUAUUACUUCACAAACAACCACAAGUAAUGAUACAACCAUUUACCCAAUUUUUUUGCUGGUAUUGGAUGGUGUGUGGGAUGCAAUAUCUGUCAAUUGGACAUUACUCAUGGAUAUCUUGAAUGCUGGGGAAACACACAGUAGGGUCAUCAUCACAACACGAGAUGAAAGAGUUGCACUAUCCAUGCAAAACUUUCUUUCUCUCCACUAUCUCAGACCCUUGAAAGUUGAAGAUUGUUGGUCUUUAGUUGCCAAACAUGCAUUUGGAGAACCUGGCUACCAACGAUACAAUCGAGAAAAAAUUGGCAGGAAAAUUGCUAAAAAGUGUGAUGGAUUACCAUUAGCUGCAAUAGCACAUGGGGCUCUUCUUCGCAUGUUAUUCUUCCCAAGCAACUUAAAUCAUGUGCUAGAAAGUCAUGUUCGGGAAAGAGCUUAUCAGGUGCUAGCUUCUCUCAAAUUGAGUUACAAUUUUCUUUCUGAUCCUUUAAAACGAUGUUUUGAGUAUUGUUCAAUUUUUCCAAAGAAAUCCAUCUUAGAAAAAAAGAUGGUAGUUCAUUUGUGGAUUGAAACAGGCUUAGUAGAAUCAUCAUCGUCCACAUAUCAAGAAAAAGUUGGAGAAGAAUACUUUGAUGAGCUAGUGUCAAGAUCGUUGAUACAUCGGCGAUCUAUUGGUGAUGAGGAAAGAAACUUUGGAAUGCACAACUUCCUCCAUGAUUUAGCAACAGAGGUUUCAUCUUCAUACCACAUCACUAUGCAAAAUCAUAACCUAGAUGAUAGGAUGCAGAAUUUCUCAUACAAUAGAGGGACAUAUGAUUCAUAUGACAAAUUUGAUAAAUUAUACGGAUUAGAAGGUUUGAGUACCUUCCUAGCAUUCCCAUUACAAGAACAAUUGCCUCUUUGUUUGCUAUCGAAUAAGGUAGUACAUGACUUGCUGCCAACAAUGAAACAAUUACGCGUGUUGUCUCUGUCAAGCUACAAAAGUAUCACCAAGGUUCCCGACUCUAUUGGAAAUUUGUUAUGCAUGCAGUACUUAAAUCUUUCUCACACUAAUAUUGAAAGGUUGCCUUCUGAAAUAUGCGAGCUUUACCGUCUACAAUUCUUGUUGUUGGCAGGCUGUAAAAGGCUCACUGAAUUGCCCGAGGAAAUUGGAAAAUUGGUUAGUCUACGCUACCUUGACGUUAGUGACUCUGCAUUGAGGGAGAUGCCCGUACAAAUAGCCAAACUUGAAAAUCUCCAAACUUUGUCUGACUUUGUUUUAGGCAAACAUAGUGAUGGAUUGAAUAUUGCAGAGCUAGGAAAACUUCCCCACCUACAUGGAAAACUUUCAAUCUCACAACUACAAAAUGUUAAUGACCCCUUUGAAGUAGAUCGAGCCAAUAUAAAGAUGAAAGAACAAAUAGACGAGUUAGCUUUGGAAUGGGAUUGUGAUAGUACUACUUUAGAUUCACAAAUUCAAAGUGUUGUGCUUGAAAAGUUGCGACCCUCAACAAAUUUGAAAAGUCUCACCAUCAAAGGCUAUGGUGGAAUCAGCUUUCCAAAUUGGUUAGGUGAUUUUUCAUUUAGCAACAUGGUGUCUUUGAAGAUCUUGAAUUGUGAUGAUUGUUUAUCGCUUCCACCCCUUGGUAAAUUGGGAAAUCUGAAAGAACUCGUUAUUGAAGGGAUGCAAUCAGUGGAGACAAUUGGUAUUGAGUUCUAUGGAAGUGGUGAUUCUUCGUUUCAACCAUUUCCCUCUUUGGAGAGUCUACACUUUGAGAAUAUGCAAGAGUGGAAGCAAUGGGACUUGAUUGGAGAUACGGCUACAACGUUUCCUAAUCUAAAAACUUUAUCUCUAAGAAAGUGCCCGAAACUGAUAGCCGGAAACAUAACUGAAAAAUUUCCUUUCUUAACUGAACUUGAGUUAAGAGAAUGUCCUUUACUGGUGCAAUCAAUUCCAUUAUCUGAUCAUGUAUUCAGGCAACUGAUGUUCCCUCUGAAUUCUCUUCAACAGCUGACCAUAGAUGGUUUUCCAUCUCUGAUGUCGUUCCCAACAGACGGUCUACCAAAAAUCUUGAAACUUCUCUUAAUCAGCAACUGUGAGAAUCUGGAAUUCCUUCCUCACGAUAACUUGCAUAAUUAUACAUCGCUUGAGGAAUUGAAAAUAUCUUAUAGCUGUAAUUCAAUGAUAUCAUUUACCUUAGGCACUCUCCCUGUCCUCAAGAGCCUGUUUAUUGAAGGUUGUAUAAAUCUGAAAUCGAUAUUAAUUGCAGAAGACGAGUCGGAAAAGAGUCUCUCAUUUCUUAGAAGCAUCAAAAUAUGGGAUUGUAAUGAAUUGGAGUCAUUUACCCCAGGUGGAUUGGCCACUCCAAAUCUUCGCUAUAUUGCAAUGUGGAAGUGUGAGAAGCUUCAUUCACUGCCAGAAGCAAUGAACAGUCUAGCUGGCCUUCAUGAAAUGGAAAUUGAUAACCUACCUAAUCUUCAAUCGUUUGUCAUAGAUGAGUUACCUAGCAGUUUACGGAAACUGUCUGUUGGCUUUGUUGGUGGAAUUAUGUGGAAUACUGGGCCAACUUGGGAACAUCUCACUUGUCUCUCGGAGUUGCGAAUUAACGGCGAUGAUAUAGUGAAUACACUAAUGGGGCCAUUGCUACCAACAUCACUUGUGACACUGUGCAUUUGUGGUCUUAAUGAUACAAGCAUUGAUGAGAAGUGGCUUCAACAUCUCACUUCUCUUCAAAACCUUGAGAUUAUCAACGCUCCCAAACUCAAGUCGUUGCCAAAGAAAGGAUUUCCUUCCUCACUUUCAGUACUAAGUGUGACUCGCUGUCCAUUACUAGAAGCAAGUUUGCGGACAAAGCGGGGGAAAGAGUGGCGUAAGAUUGCUCACAUUCCUUCCAUAGUUAUUAAUGACGAAUUGAUCACAUGAGUCUUGUUCGAAUCUACCAAGGGAUUCAAGUGUAAUUGAUGGCUUGCACGAAGAUGGCAGCAGCGACAUCUCUUUCUGUAAGGAGCGGAUGACAUGGAGAAAUAACAAUAUUGGCCAAAACAGGUUUAGAAAUUUGCUGCUAUUAUUUACAAUGAAUGAUUUUGGCAUCAAUUGUGUUGGAAGGAGCGUGCUAAAGAUGCUACUCUAAAUUGCUUUAGUUAGUGCUGUUGGCUAUCAAACUUAAUUUGCUACCACAUUAAGAGUCAGAAUUGAGCGAAGUAGAAAGUAAAACACAUUCAGAACAUGCAGAAAUUAUCAAAACUGUUGCCUAACUCAGCUACAAAGAUUGAUUUGUGUGUUACCAUUACUGCCAUUUUUUCUUGGUUGUCAGUCACGACUCACGGUUCAUAUAUGCUUAACUGGAGAGGUAGAUUUGUCCAACAGUUUCUCCACAAAUCUGAACUUUGUCAGGAUAAUAAACUUUAUCUGAUUUUUGGCGAAUUCAUUUGCAAAUUAAUCGUCAACUUCUUAUUUGGGGAGUAUUCUGGCCUUUUGUAAAAGAGAGAUCGCCGACAGGAAAAGCAGAAAUCAAUCCGGGCAGCAGGGGAGGAGGAGAGAAGAUUUUGAAAUGCACCAUGACAUAUAAAUGUGUGGGUUUGUAACAUUGAAGUUUGAGUGGUUUUCUUUAGACAUUUCUUUUGCAAAGGAUGUUUGAGCCAACACUGUCUGUAUCCUGUGAUUUGAAUGCAAUGUAUGCCUUUGUAACUAUAUCUGUCCAUAAUAAAACUAGAGUUUGGCUUAAUUAAAAUAACCACUAAUACAUAAAAUUAAUAUGUGAGGCCCCAUAUACGAUACUAGUGACAGGAAAGAAAUAUAUUUGUUUUGUGCAUAAGACAAAUAAGUGUCCACUUCGGUAGCCAUUUGAUCUCAAUUGACAGCAUCUUUUCAACAACCACCGGAGACUUUCAAAAGUCAAAGAGAAAGGCAUUCUUCAUUUUGUUGUCAUUUCUUCUUCAUCUUCUUCUUACA